AUGAAAGUCUACUAUAUCGCUUUGACCCUUUCACUUCUUUCCCAUCAUGUUGCCAACGCAUUUGUGAGCCAAUCGCCAAUGGUGACUGUUCGACCUUCUGCCCUCGCCGCUUCGAUCGAGUUGAUUCCCGAGCCCGAAGGUGGAGAGGAAGUGACUGCAGUCAAGACCAUGCCUGGAAGCCGUAUGAAGAACAUGGGAGAAGCUGAUAGCGUCCAGGAUGAGGAUGGUACCGUCUACAAAUUCUGGCUCACUGCUACUGCCGAGGGUGCUUUGAUCAAGCAAAUGAAUACACAAAUCUUGAAGGAUGCCGCCAAAAAGGCCGACUUUCCUGGAUUCCGAAAGGGUCAAGUUCCUCCUUAUGCCAUGCCACAAAUCAAGGGAUUUGCUGUGCAAGAGGGUAUCAUUGAAACUGUCAAGUCUGCUGUAGAAGCGUAUGGUCUAAAGUCCCUCCCCGGAAGCAAAGGAGAAGUGGAAGUUUUGGAAAAUGUCCCCGACAUGGCCAAGGCGUACAAGGUGGGAGACGACCUUCAAUUCACUGCAACCUUCAAAGCUGUUUUCAAUCCAGAAAAUGCCCCUGCCAAAGCAAUUUCCGCUGAUGAUACGGUAAUAGACGCGGAAGUUGAGGAGGUAGAAGAUGCAUAA